AUGGACGAUAUUCUAAAUUUUGAGCAAGAUUUUAAUGUUGAACUUCUUGAUCGUAUUGUUCAUACAUUUUAUCAGGGAUCAGGUGUAGAGCAACAACAGGCACAAAGAAUUCUGACUCAAUUUCAAGAACAUCCUGAUGCAUGGAUGAGGGUUGAUACGAUUCUUGAAAAAUCAAAUGUUGUUCAAACAAAACAUAUUGCACUUUCAAUUCUUGAUAAACUUAUAUCGACACGAUGGAAAAUUCUUCCGCGUGAACACUGUCAAGGCAUUCGAAAUUUUGUUGUUGCAAUUAUGAUUAAAACAUCAUCUGAUGAAACAACUCUUCAUAAAGAAAAACAAUAUUUAAACAAACUUAAUCUUACGCUUGUUCAGAUUCUUAAACAAGAAUGGCCAAAAAAUUGGCCUACGUUUAUAACAGAAAUUGUAAAUGCAUCAAAGACAAAUUUAUCAUUGUGUGAAAAUAAUAUGGCAGUUCUUAAGCUUCUUAGUGAAGAAAUUUUUGACUAUUCUGCUGAACAAAUGACUCAAGUUAAAACAAAAAAUCUUAGAAAUCAAAUGUCGGGGGAAUUUUCUGAAGUUUUUCAGCUUUGUUCUGAAAUCCUUGAAAAAGCUCAAAAAACAAGUUUAAUUUUAGCAACUUUAGAAACAGUUCUUAGAUUUUUAAAUUGGAUUCCUUUAGGAUUUAUUUUUGAAACGAAUAUUAUCCAUACUUUAUGCACUAGAUUUCUUGAAGUGUCUGAAUUUAGAAACGUAACACUAAAAUGUUUAACUGAAAUUGCUGGAUUAUCUGUUAUGCCUCAAUAUGACGAAAAGUUUGUAAGUCUCUUAAACUUAACAAUGUCUUCUAUCAAUAAUAUUAUUCCUUUGAACACUGAUUUUAGGGUUGCUUAUGAUUCUAGCAACUCCCAAGAACAAGAUUUUAUCCAGAACCUUGCACUUUUUCUUUCUACAUUUCUUGGAACACAUGUAAAACUUGUUGAAAAUCAGGAAAACAGAGAUCUUCUUUUAAAUGCGCAUUUCUAUUUAAUUAAGAUUUCCCAGGUAGAUGAACGAGAAAUUUUUAAAAUAUGUUUAGAGUAUUGGUCAAAACUUGUAGCUGAGCUUUAUGAAGAAAUACAACAGUUGCCAAUUACUGAUAUGAAUCCUCUUUUAUCCCUUAAUUUAUCGGCAAGUCUUGCUAGCGGUGGAGCUACACCAGCUAGUAUGUAUGCAAAUAUUCCACUUCGAAAACAUAUUUAUUCAGAAGUCCUGUCAAAUUUACGUGUUGUUAUGGUAGAGAAAAUGGUAAAACCGGAAGAAGUCUUGAUAGUUGAGAAUGACGAAGGAGAAAUUGUUAGAGAAUUUGUUAAAGAAAGCGAUACUAUUGUUCUUUAUAAGAGCAUGAGGGAAUGCCUUGUUUAUUUAACACAUUUGGAUGUCGUGGAUACUGAAAUUAUCAUGUCUGAUAAACUCGCUAGACAAAUUGAUGGGAGUGAGUGGUCAUGGGCUAAUUUAAACACUCUUUGUUGGGCUAUCGGGUCUAUUUCUGGUGCUAUGAAUGAAGAAACUGAAAAAAGAUUCCUAGUUAUGGUUAUUAAAGAUCUUCUUGGUUUAACGGAAAUGAAAAGAGGAAAAGAUAAUAAGGCUGUUGUUGCAUCAAAUAUUAUGUAUAUUGUGGGUCAAUAUCCUCGAUUUUUAAAAGCACAUUGGAAGUUUUUGAAAACUGUAGUAAAUAAACUUUUUGAAUUUAUGCAUGAAACCCAUGAAGGUGUGCAAGAUAUGGCAUGCGAUACAUUUAUAAAAAUUGCACAAAAAUGUCGGAGACAUUUUGUAGCACAACAGGCAGGAGAACAUGAGCCUUUCAUAGAUGAAAUUGUUCGGAAUUUACAUAAGAUUACAGAGGAUCUUUCUCCUCAACAAGUGCAUACAUUUUAUGAAGCAUGUGGAUAUAUGAUCUCUGCUCAACCGUCUAAAACUAUUCAAGAAAGAUUAAUUUCAGAGCUUAUGAAAUUACCUAAUGCUGUGUGGGAUAAUAUUAUACAACAGGCUGGUCAAAAUGUAGAUGUUUUAGAUAAUAAUGAGACUAUUAAAAUAAUAGGAAAUGUUCUUAAAACUAAUGUAUCUGCGUGUUCAUCAAUUGGUGGCCAUUUUUAUCGACAAAUUGGGAAUAUAUAUAUGGAUUUAUUAGGACUCUAUAGGGCAGUAAGCACUAUAAUUUCAAAUACAGUAGCAUCUCAGGGGAAUAUUGCCACCAGAACACCUAGAAUAAGAAGUUUAAGAACUGUAAAAAAAGAAAUUCUUAAACUUGUUGAAGUAUUUGUCAGUAAAGCAGAUGAUCUUGAAGCUAUCAAUAAUGCUUUAAUUCCACCUCUUUUAGAAGCAGUUUUGGGAGAUUAUAAUAGAAAUGUUCCUGAUGCAAGAGAUAGCGAAGUUUUAAAUAUGAUGACUACGAUUAUUUCAAGGCUUGGGUCUUUAAUGACAGAAGCAAUUCCUAUUGUUCUACAGUCUGUAUUCGAAUGUACUCUUGCUAUGAUUAACAAAGAAUUUACUGAAUUUCCUGAGCAUCGUGUUGGAUUUUUUAAAUUAUUGCAUGUUAUAAAUCUUAAUUGUUUUCCAGCUCUUUUAAGGCUCCCUGCUCCUCAAUUUAAGCUUAUAAUAGAUAGCAUAAUGUGGGCUAUUAAACAUACAACACGUGAUAUCGCAGAAAUUGGUCUUAAUAUAUGUUUAGAACUGAUCAAUAACAUUGCAAAUACAGAAACGAGUGUUGCUAAUUUUUUUUUCCAGCAGUAUUUUCUUUCAAUUCUUCAGGAUAUAUUUUUCGUUUUGACAGAUACAGAUCAUAAAUCAGGAUUCAAAUUACAAAGUGUAAUUCUUGCAAGAAUGUUUCAUUUGGUUGAAUCUGGCGCCAUUCAAGCAUCAUUAUAUACUUCUCAACAAGUCCGGGACGAAAAUACUCCAAAUUCCGUAUUUUUAAAAGAAUACGUUGUUAGUCUUUUACAUAGUGCAUUUCCUCAUUUACAACUUGGUCAGGUACAAAGUUUUGUAUUAGGUUUAUUUUCUCUUAAUAUGGAUAUCCCUAAAUUCAAACUUAAUCUUCGCGAUUUCUUAAUACAGCUCAAAGAGUUUUCUGGGGACGAUAAUGCAGAAUUGUUUCAAGAAGAUCGUGAUAUGGAAUUAGAAGCUAAACAAAAAGCUGAUCGUGAACGUGCACUAAAUGUGCCAGGAAUGAUUAAACCUUCAGAACUUCCAACAAUUGAUGAAGAAGAAUUAUAG